AUGUCCGAAACACACAUCGAAAUCCUCGUCCAUUCGGCGGCACCAACUUCCAAAAGUGAAGAUGACAAAAUCAGAGCACAAGCAUUGUCAAUCCUCAGCUUUAUGCCAGAGAAGAGAACGCAUAUCACUAGUCUUACCUUUCCUAAGAAGGGGGACCAGGUACAGAGAGAGUUGAGGGCGUUAAAGAAACAUGGCGAAGAGCCGUCCUCUUCUGAGAGUGUAUCCACGGCUGUAGCUGGGGAUUCUUAUGAAAUAUUAUUAGAACAUAGUGUGGAAUCUACUGCAGAUGAACAAUAUGUGAUACCUCGCCUAUUAUCACCCCUCAUUGAUUACAGAGGAGGAAUACCUCCUCUGCCACCAACUAGUACUCCGGAGGAUGUAGCUCAAAACCCAAGCUCGGUGGAAUCUCACAGGCUUCUAAGUCUAGACGAGGAUGGAGUUGAAUCCGACAGUAGCUAUGCCACCUCCCGCUUCGAUUCAUGGGAGUCACCACCUGCCAGUAUCCCAGACUCACAACCCCCGAUGCCCAGUGAUCCAUUCGCUGUACCUGCAGCUCGUGCUGAAGGGGCAUAUACCGAUGAGACAGAGGCAACGGUUUUCCCGGCACUUCCAGGUGUUUCAUUCUGCUACAACCAACCUCCAACCACAAGCACACUUACCCCACUGUCCCCACGCCAUGAGUCCUCAUUAGCAGUCUCAGACUACUCCUUAAGCUCCUUGCAUUCCAAUUUUGCCUCACCCUCGGUCCAAAACAAUAAUCCGGAAUCACAUCCCCUAAGGACACUUCUCGCCACUGAUGGGGCCUACGAGUUAAUCUCCCCUCCCCCGGACACAAACUCUUCACCAGUGCUCAUAACUCCGCAAUUGCGAGAGAUGACAGAUGUAGGAGACCUUCUAGUUGGGAAAUAUCAGAAGCUCAAGCGGAGCCAAACUAGGGAGCUACGGACGUGGGAGAGAGGUCAUUGGAGGGUCGAUAUGAACACCUGGGAGAGCCCCAAUAAGAAGAUUAAUUUCUGGAACAUAUUGAAGGAUAAUGUGGAGCAUGGAAGGCUGGGACCUGUCAAUGCGUUCUUGGAUGAGGGGACUGGAGAUGUGGUGAAGGUAUAUUGCCAUGGUGGCAUGGCGGAGCAUCUAUGGUGCGCAUUAUUUGUCAUGAGCUCCAGAAACUCGCGAAACGCCACAUGGAUUGAUGCAGGUGAUAACGAAAUCAUAGUGUUUUGA